UCUGCGGUGGUUCGCUAACCAAGCGAUGGCCAUGGUGAGUGGGGGCUGGGGAGAUCCCAAUGGGGGCACAAACGGGUUGGGAGACAAGAGCUACCUGAGGGGGGAGGAGGAGGACGGUUCUCCACAGGCGGGGGGCAGCGACAUGGAGGCCGGGGACGAUGACAAGGCCUGCGUGGUGGACUGCGUGGUGUGCGGGGACAAGUCCAGCGGGAAGCAUUACGGCGUCUUCACCUGCGAGGGCUGCAAGAGCUUCUUCAAGAGGAGCGUCAGACGCAACCUCAGUUACACAUGCAGGUCAAACAGAGAGUGUCAGAUUGACCAGCACCACAGGAACCAGUGCCAGUACUGCCGACUGAAGAAAUGCUUCCGUGUUGGCAUGCGCAAAGAAGCAGUUCAACGCGGCCGCAUCCCACCUCAGCCGAGCCUCAGCCCCUCCAUCACACCCAUAGGUGGCGCCAGCGGCCUUGGUGGCGAGUUCUAUAACAACAACAACAAUGGUGGAAGUGGAGGAGGUCAGCCGGUGUCAGAGCUCAUUUCCCAGCUGCUGCGAGCCGAACCAUACCCCAGCAGUCGGUAUGGACACCAGUACAACCAACAGGCCGGUCCGGAUAACGCCAUGGGGAUCGAUAACAUCUGUGAACUGGCUGCCAGGCUGCUCUUCAGCACUGUGGAGUGGGCCAGAAACAUCCCUUAUUUCCCUGAGCUGCCUGUGUCAGACCAGGUGGCCCUGCUGAGGCUGAGCUGGAGCGAGCUGUUCAUCCUCAACGCGGCCCAGUCUGCCCUGCCGCUCCACAUGGCUCCCUUGUUGGCCGCGGCCGGCUUCCACUCCUCACCCAUGUCUGCGGAGCGCGUGGUCUCCUUCAUGGACCAGGUGAGGGUGUUCCAGGACCAGGUGGACAAGCUGACCAGGCUGCAGGUGGACUCUGCUGAGUACAGCUGUCUCAAGGCCAUCGCCCUGUUCUCACCAGACGCCUGUGGUCUAACAGACCCAGUUCAUGUGGAGUCUCUGCAGGAGAAGGCUCAGGUGGCUCUGACAGAGUACGAGAGGAUGCAGUACCCGAGUCAGCCUCAGCGCUUCGGACGCCUGCUCCUGCGCCUCCCGGCUCUGCGCGCCGUUCCGGCCAGCCUCAUCUCGCAGCUCUUUUUCAUGCGCCUGGUAGGAAAGACACCCAUCGAGACGUUGAUCCGUGACAUGCAGCUCUCCGGAAGCUCAAUCAGCUGGCCGUAUGUCCCAGGACAGUAGUCCCCCCGCGGACGAGGUCUCCGUCUGGAUUUAGUGACGACAAAGACCCACAGGAAUCCUCUUGACUCAUCACUAUCCAUCUGUGGUUAUGAAACUGCAGUGCCAGCUGGCCGUCAUAUGUACUGUACUGUAACUGCUCUAUUCCCCCUCAUGAAACUGUCUCCACAUGGGCUUCCAGAGAAGAGAGGGGCUGGUGCCAGGGUGGAUCUGUCUUGUUGCCAGCCCACUCAUUCUGGUCCAGGUCUUAAGCCAGAGACAAGCUCUUCGUGCUGGGUGCCGAUAUGGCCACCACAGCCUGUCAUGUCACCACCCACAUGCCAUAGUGAAUAAAGACGCUGCAGUUUCAUGUAGAGGGCACCAGCACCCUGCUAUACAUACAUCUAGAGGACAAAACUGUCCUGCCACUGAAAGUCAGCAGAACACUUUUUCUCACACUGGGCUCAUUUUCCAUAGAUCACCAUUUGUGAUACAGUGACCUUUGUGUCCACACAACUGAUAACAUUACAGCACAGUAUCAUGAAUAUAAUGGAUCUAACUGAACAGUGAAGCAUCAGGAAGCUGCGGUUGUGCGGUGAACUGAAUAUAAGACACAGUAAGGGCCUCGUUGUUGAAGAGAAAAUUCACUGAGGAACAAGCCAAGGAACUGAUCAAAUGGAACAGAAGUGAAAUAAAAUAAAACCAAGGAAAAAUCACCAAAGUCUAGAAUAGAAUCAUAAGUACACGAAGCAGAGAGAAAGAGGACUCCUGUGACUGCCUGACCAUCAAGUGAACAUUGCAUUUACAUUCAUUCACAGGGCUCACUGUUGCUGUAGUUGAAGAAGAUUGGAAAAAAAAAAAAAAAAGCCAGUUAAAUGAGAACGGGCUAAUACCUCACUAGACAUCAGAAUGCUUUAGUCUGAUAUUUCCUAAACACAAAACUCUGUAAAUGUUGUUCACCAGAAACCGCCUUCUUUUUGACAACUGCCUUGUUAUUCAGUAUGAAUUUGGGUCAUUUAUGAAAUAUUCCGAGCAUCACAAACAUUCGUCUUGUAUCUUUUUAAAAAAGAUCCCCCAGGUGAACACUUGUGUUUUGACUGAUUGAAUAUGGUGAAUUCAGCUAUUAAACUUGCUUUGGAUCUAGCCUCUUUUUUUUCCUUUUUUUUUUUUUGAGAUACGGCAGGCUGACAUCAACUCGGGUUUCUUUCAAUUCAAGACAAUAAGAACUCAUUCAACAAAUAUAGCUGGUGAUGAGAGUUUAUAACCAACACUACCAGUUAAAUACCAGUUUACGUCACUCAAUGCGGUCUCUGGGGGAAUGAUCCCAUGAAAAACAUAUUGAAAUGUGUAUAUAUUGAGGCCAACUUUGUCUUUUUGCAUGUUCAAAUGUUGUUUUGGAUCUCUGCUGAGUUGAAAUGCUUUCAUCCUUUUACAUUAUGUAACUCAAGAUUCAUUUAAACAUUAAAAUAUUGUGUUCACUGUUAGCUCCUAAAUGGAUUUUUUUCUUAUAUGUAUUUACAUGAAAAUACCUCUGUCAUCUGUUUAGAUGUCAAAAAAGAAGCUUACUUUCAUGCCAUUACAGGUGAUAUGACGGAGAGAUGUUUAUGCUCUCAUCUCUAAGCAUCUGAGUGAGUCUCUGCUGUUGUGAAUGAUGUGAGAUGAUACUGUAAUGCAUGGAAAUCUGGUGGGAAAACUGCACUUGGAGGAUAUACAAUGCCAAAACAUCACACUAUCUGUGAACAGUUCAAAAGAAGACGGGCCCUGAUACGCUGGUCCACCAGAAUUUACCUCACACAGGUAUUUCAAGAGGCGAGUUUACAAAACCACAAAAUCAACUCUAAAUACAACAUAUUUCAGCAUUUAGGGAGGAAAACAUGUAGAAGGAUGUAACUCUGCUUCUUGAUCUACCACCGGGCCUUUUGAAAGUUGGAUAUUCUUCUUUUAGGCAACCACUCACACAAUCAUGUAAGUGAGGGAAAAAAAAGAUAAAUAUACUAUAACUGUUUUCUUAUCUUUGUGUUACUGAGUUUUUAAAAUUUCAUGUGUAUGGACAACGUUAUUAAAAGAAUCAAAAAAU